CUUGAUUAUUUUGUUAUUUGCUCUACUCCCUAUACCUCAGUGGUGUUAUGAUGAAAUUUGUUAUUGUCUGAUGAAAUAAACCUCUUGUUCGUUUUACCAAAAAAUCGGUAGUUUGUUAACUAAUUAUUUUAGAUAAGUUUAAUUUUACUUUUAUUGUCAUCAUGUUAAGGAGGCCUUUUUUGAGAGCAGUAAGAAAUGUCCACCAGUCAAAAACUUUAAAAUCUGCUCUGCAGUCAAAAGUUUUAAAUCUGCCUGAAACUAAAGUGACUCGUUUACCAAAUGGGUUACGAGUUGCAACCGAAGACUCUGGCAUGCCCACUUGUACUGUUGGCUUAUGGAUUGACGCCGGCAGUCGUUAUGAGAAUGAACAUAAUAAUGGUGUUGCACACUUCCUGGAGCAUAUGGCUUUUAAAGGAACAUCAACUCGAACACAGACCGGUUUGGAGCUUGAAGUGGAGAAUAUGGGAGCUCAUUUGAAUGCUUGUACUUCUCGUGAACAAACCAUUUUCCAAGCCAAAUGUCUAACUAAAGAUGUGGGUCAAGCUGUCGAUAUAAUUUCUGACAUUACCCAAAGCAGUAAGUAUGGAGAAUCGGAAAUAGAAGUAGAGAGAGGUGUUAUCUUGCGUGAAAUGCAAGAAAUUGAUAUGAACUUGCAAGAAUUAGUAUUUGAUCACUUGCAUGCUGCAGCUUUUCAAGACACUCCUCUAGGGCGUACAAUACUGGGUCCUGUUGAAAAUAUAAGAGGUAUCAAGCGCAAAGACCUGGUUGAAUUUAAAACUAAUCAUUACAUCCCACCCAAAAUGGUACUGGCCGGAGCGGGGGGUGUCGAUCACGAGGAGCUAGUGCAGUUGGCAGAACAUUACUUUGGAACGAGUUGUGGACAAUCUGACUUCAGUGGUAUCUUAGAUCCAUGCAAAUUCACGGGAAGCGAAGUUCGAUUGAGCGACAAAUCCAUGCCUCUAGUACAUGCUGCAAUUGCUGUGGAGGGUUGUGGGUGGGUUAAUCCCGAAAGUAUCCCACUGCUCAUAGCGAACAUUUUAAUCGGCAACUGGGAUCGAUCUCACGGAAGUGGCGGCAACAUAUACAGUAAAUUGGCACAUAAGGUUGGCAGUGAAAAUUUAUGUCACAGUUUUCUUUCAUUUAAUACUUGUUAUAAAGAUACUGGCUUGUGGGGUGUUUAUCUUGUUUCUGAUGGGAAAACCCUGAAUGAUAUGAUUUAUUCUGUGCAGGAAGAGUGGAAUAGAUUGUGUACAUCAGUCACCGAAGAAGAAGUAUCGAGAGCAAAAAAUCUCCUGAUGACGAAUUCUCUUCUCUUAUUGGAUGGAUCUACGCCCAUAUUUGAAGACGUGGGCCGUCAGAUACUCAACUACGGUCGCAGGAUACCCAUUCCUGAAAUGGAAGCUCGUAUUGAUGGAAUCGAUGCGAAAGUCGUGAGAGAGGUUUGCACUCAGUUCUUGAAGAAUAAACCUCUAUCUAUUGCCGCAAUAGGAUCAGUUGAUGAGCUAGUGGACUAUGAAACUUUGCAGAAACAGAUGUGUUGAUUAUGUAGAAUUAUGUUUUCAAAUUAUUGAAUAAAAUGAUUGAUUUAUUA